AGAGAUUGCAGCACAUCCUCGGUUGCUACCACACAGCACCGCACCGCACCGCACCGCACCUGACCGCCGACUCCACUUCACCACCACAAGCCGCGUUCAAGAGCGGCUAUGUGGGGUACGCUAGCCCACUAGCUCGCCACCGCGGACAAAGGCAAGCCUGACAUCCAGCAAAGAUGGUGUCGUGGAUCAUUUCGAGGAUAGUUGUCCUCGCCUUCGGGACGCUCUACCCAGCGUACGCGUCAUACAAGGCUGUCAAAACGAAGAAUGUGAAGGAAUAUGUGAAGUGGAUGAUGUACUGGAUAGUGUUUGCCUUGUUCUCUACGGCGGAGACGGCCACAGACCUCUUCUUGUCAUGGUUUCCGUUUUAUUUUGAGCUGAAGAUCGCCUUUGUGAUCUGGCUCCUGUCGCCGUACACCAAAGGCUCAAGUGUUCUCUACCGCAAAUUUGUCCACCCAACGUUGUCCAACAAGGAGAAGGAGAUAGAUGAUUACAUUGCCCAGGCCAAAGACAGGAGUUAUGAGACCAUGAUGCGUUUUGGAAAGAGGGGUCUCAACUUGGCUGCUAACGCUGCCGUCACCGCAGCCACCAAGGGGCAGGGCGUGCUGUCAGACAAGCUGCGCAGUUUUAGCAUGCAGGACCUGACUCUCAUCAACGCGGAGGAUGAGCUGGCUCUGCACUCCUCAGACGGCCGAAUGAGGCGGGAAUCCGUGGAUGACAUGAGCUCGGGGGCCAGCACGCUGCCUCGGGCCAGGAGCACCGCCGCACGGCAGACUCGCUCUUUGGCAGCCACGUCACUUCCAGACGAAACGCUGUCCCAACACAGCUCCGACCAAUCAGACACAAGGACCGAACACUCUGAUGAGGACGUGGGGGAAAGGGCUCCCAAACGCAGCACCUCCGUCAAGACAACCAAGAAACCCGCUGCAAAGACGGAGUUUUCUUCCUCUACUCUUGCUUCCCAACUGGGGAGGGAGGGGGGUCUGGUCUGGUCCACAGGGUUCCAAUGAUGUCCCAUCAUCCUUUUUUCGGCUUUAGUUUUCCCUGUGAGUGAACCUUUUAAAGCAUGAUGCUGGAAGUGUGCAGCUACUUUAAACCAAUAGAGGGAGACAAAGUCCACCUCAACUGCUGGCAUAACAUAAAUAAAGACAAUGUAAAUAGUAGCUACUGUAAAUACAGUGCGAGCUUGCUUGCCUUAUAUAUUCUCUGGGCUUUUUUUUUUUUAAUUAUCCAGGGUUUUCAGUUCUGUGUCUGAUGUUAUGAAUUUAGUUUUUAAUUGUGUAUUUUUUUUUUGUUUGUUUUUCUUAAGAUUUAAUUCUUUAACAAAGACACUAAUGCACACACUGCUCCCUGUUUUCACCCUAAAAGGUCUUUUUAGGCCUACUGCUGGAACACUUGGCGAUAAUUAUAAAAAAAAAAUAUAUAUAUAUUUUUGGUCAACACCGCAUUUUUAUGCAGCGUAUAGGCCACCCAUUCUUAUUUUUCAUUUUAAAGUAGUAUUGUACACUGAGUUUCUCAUUUGUACAUCUGUGCCAAUUCACAAAACGUCCAUGUGAAACACAUUAAAGUGUGCCGGAAAAAUGAUAUCUUACUUGCUCAUGUAUCGGUAAUACAACCGCUAAUAAAGGAGAGUAAAUUCACUUGUUGUUUU